UUCGAGGGGAGGUAUAAAUUCAUCCUCCUGAGACUGUUUCAGCACCAACACACUCGUGCCACUCGCGGGGUCUGCCAGAUCCAACUUUUUGUUAAAGCUACCCGACGCUGCAAUCAUCACCAUGAGCACCGGUUAUCGCAGAGCCGCGUCUAUGUACUCUGUAGGGUCCUCUAGAAAGCACCGGGCAUCAAGCGUCCAUGCCGGGGCAGGGGACGGCAAUGUCCAAUUGUCAUACGCCAGCAGCCUCAGGAGCGGCGGGGUUUUCGGCGGAGACUAUGGCAUGGGCAUGGGCCUGAGCACAGGAGGGGGCAGCGAUAGCUUUUCAGUUUCAGUCAACGAGAAAGCCACCAUGCAGAACCUCAACGACCGCCUGGCCGCCUACCUGGAGAAGGUGCGCUCCCUGGAGAGAGCCAACUCGCAGCUGGAGCUUCAAAUCCGCCAGUGGUACGAGAAGCAGACACCGACUGUCAGGGACUACAGCAAGUAUGAGGCAAUCAUCGCCGACCUGCGCCGAAAGAUCAAUGCUGCCACACUGGACAACGCCAGGCUGAUUCUGCAGAUCGACAACGCUAAGCUUGCAGCAGAGGACUUCAGAUCCAAGUUUGAGAAUGAGAUGGCACUGCGCAUGUCUGUGGAGGCUGACAUCGCCGGGCUGCGGAAGGUUCUGGAUGAGCUGACCAUGACCCGGUCUGACCUGGAGAUGCAGAUCGAGGGCCUGAAGGAGGAGCUGGUCUACCUGAAGAAGAACCAUGCAGAGGAGCUUGCCGCUGUCCGUGCUCAAUUGAACACCGGCUCUGUGAAUGUGGAGGUGGAUGCUGCACCCCAGGAGGACCUGGCCAGGGUCAUGGAGGAGGUCAGAGCUCAGUACGAGGGCAUCACUGAAAAGAACCGCCGUGAUAUGGAGGCCUGGUACAAGGGCAAGUUUGAUGAGCUGAACAAGCAGGUGGCAAGCAGCACAGAGAGCCUCCAGACCUCCCGCACUGAGAUCACUGAGCUCAAGAGGACCCUACAGGCCCUGCAGAUAGAGCUGCAGUCCCAGCUGAGCCUGAAAGCAGCGCUGGAGGGCCAGCUGGUCGAGACAGAGAGCCGCUACAGCAUCCAGCUGAACCAGCUGCAGGCCCUGGUAAACAGCCUGGAGGCCGAACUCAGCCAGGUCAGGGUAGACAUCGAGAGGCAGGCCCAAGAGUACCAGAUGCUGCUUGACAUCAAGACCAGGCUGGAGAUGGAGAUUGCUGAGUACAGGAGGCUGCUGGAUGGAGAGAUCGAAGUGCAGAGAACUGCAGUGAAGAAGGUAGAGGUCAUUGAAGUCAAACCUGAACCAGUUGUAACCAAGAGAGUGAGGACAGUGAUUGAGGAGAUGGUUGAUGGAAAGGUGGUGUCCCGCACAGAGGACGUGGAUACAGAGGUCAUCCAGAAGUAGACAAGACUGUCGCGCCACCAGACCUGGGUCAAAUAAUUCUUAGUGUUUGUUGGGUGGGGAGUACGUAAGGUUAAUUUCUCAAAUACGCCUUUCUUUUUCUGGCCCUCAUUGUAUUUCUCUGUUUGGCUGGUUACACCCAUCUGUACACACUGAAAAAUACUAAAACAAACUGGGAAAAAAUUAUUUGUUGUCCUUAUUUGAUCAAGGUCUGGAGCCCGCCCUCAUUCCACAACACUGCUCAGCUCUACUUUGUACUGUUAGAUGUGUCCACAGCGUUCAGCUCUAGACGCCAUCCACAGUUUCACCAUGCGGUUUAAGUUUAGUCUUUAGUGAACUUGUGCAAUCCUGAUCCUCCUGGAAAUUUGGAUGUAUUGCUCAAAAAUAUGAAACAAUAAAAGAUUUAAAAU